ACGAUGGAGAUGUUUAUGAAGACUAUUCUGUAUCUGUGCUUUCUAGUACUUUUUCAGAGUACAGCCACAUCGACGACUGCUAAAGGAACACAUGAACUACAGCGUUUAGGAGAGAAUGUUACAGUAAAUGCCUUUGUGUUGUACGACAAAUCCAUUCUCAAUGAAACACAGGCUGCGAUGAACGAUACUAGACCUGUGUGGGACCAUUUCAAAAAAAUAUUUGAACAGAUUCAACAAGCCAUCAACAAAAAGGGAGUAAAUAUAACUAUGAAUGUUACAAACGUUACUGAAGGACAGAAUAUAUGCGUAAAUAGUACUAGUGCUACCUUUGGACUUCAACUAAAUGGGACAGCCACACUUGAGAACCUUUUAAAAUAUGCAAAUUCCACAGGAAUUAAUGAAACUAACUAUAUAUUUUAUUUUUUUGUAGGGACCUCCUUUGAUGUGAACAUCACACAGACUGAUGAACUUUUCACUAGAGACACAUUCUGCACAGAAAACAAAACAGCCGCAGUCGUGAAAACUAUUGCUCUGCCGCAGUUCUACUUGACUGCUCUGAAAAUGACCUUAUUUGCGCUUGGCUCCAACCACACCCAAGUGCUCUAUCGUGAAGAUAAGGAAAAGCUGCAAGAAGUUUUUCAUGAAACUAGUAUCGCUCGAGGUGAUGAGGUGACUGCUUCGGACGCCACACCGUUUUAG